AAUAACUAAUCAACCAUAUCUGUGUUUGUGUUUUACUGAUCUCUCUCUCUCUGUUUUAUUCAUUCAUAUCGUGAGCAAUUGAAUUCACGACACCCCUACUUAACAUUCUUGUUUUGCUGGCUUAUUAGAGUACCUAAUGCUGUGCCUGUGGACAGUUGCAGAAAUAUUGUGAAUAGCUAACUAUUUCAUUUAUAGAGUAACAUGUAAAUGCUGUUCCAGAAUAAGUACAGAGUGGUCUCAAGCCAACAGUAUUAAAUGGUUUCAUACCGUUUAAAUUAAGGGACAACCGUAGUGAGUUUGAUCACUUUAAUUCAUUUUACAUUAAGUAAUACCUAACUUUGUUUUAGUCAGACUUCAAAUCUAGUUUAUUUGGAUAUAUGGAGGCACAGUUACCUUAACUUUCACCUGAGUGAGUCUUUGCCAUGCACAUACAAGCAUGAAACGACCACAUUAGAAACAGCAUCAACGGUAUAUGGCAUUAGAUGUGUUUCUUUAUACCUUGUAAAAUGAAGGGAGUGUUUACAUGACUUCCUGCAGUUAACACAUUGACGAUAGUAAGAAUAAACCCUUGCUAGCUCAAACAGCUGGGAUUGUUUGCUUUUGGUACACAAUGAAUGAAAUAAACUGCUUCAAUAAAAGCGGUUUAUAUUUCAUAAAUGGCCUUUGUGAUAAAGAAAUGCACAGUCAGUGGAUAAAGCUAUAAUAAGAAAUCAGUCAUCCACAAAGAAUUCUAAUCUUAUAUGUAAACUUUAAUAUUCCCGUUGAGCUAAAGUGUUUAUUGCCCCAUCUCUGCUCACAUGUAAGGACCAGGUGUGGCAUACCAGCUUGGAUUAACUGCUUUCAUAACCCCAAAAUAGAGACAGGGAGGGACACUCCUGACAGCAACAACAAGCAGCUGCAUUAUACAUACAAACACUGGAACAGAUAAACAGCAGAGCAAAGCUGGACAGAGGCAGGAGACGUGAAAACCUAGGAGAGAAGCAUCGUACAUCCAAGAGAGAGACAAAUACCAGACUUGAGGACAGUCUGGACAGUGUCAGGAGAUUCCAGUAACACUUUAAAGUGUUCCCUGGUACACAAGUGGCUCAUAAAGAUAAAUACUGGAGCCAAAGCUAAGAGCUAGGGAGUCUAAAAGCGACACAUGAAAGCUGAAAUACUUGAUUCAACAGGCACAGACUGAGAGCCAAACAUGGCCAAAAUCACAGCGGAAGAUAUGCCGAGGCUUUUCCAAAAAAUGUCAAUGAGCGAGGUGGAUGAGAAGGUCCGUCUGCGAGCAGAGAAGGUGUACGCCUCUGCUCUGAAGGAGGAAGACAACAAGGAAGCUCUGUCCCUGUUCAACGUGCAGGAGGACUGUCCCAUCGGGCUGCAUGAGGACAGGCAGCGGACGCUGGAGAGGGAGCUGGCUGCAACGCUGUCUAAAGAGACUGCUCUGAAGAUGAAGAGUUUCAAGUUGAAGCGUUCACAGUCGACUUGCUUGCAGAUACCCGCUGGUGGUUUUCAGGCCUUUCCUUGUUCCCCGUUGCUCCCCGUCACCACACCUGAACCUUUUCCAGCAGAGAACUUUCCAGAAUUCCAGAGAGUCACCAUCAGUGGAGACUACUGUGCAGGGAUCACGGUUGAGGAUUAUGAGCAGGCAGCCAAGAGUCUCCUCGGAGCGCUGUUCAUCAGAGAGAAAUACUCCAGACUGGCAUACCAUCACUUCCCCAGGACCACUGCACGAUUCCUCCGCAACUCCCAAAAUGAAGAGUGGCAAGAGGAGGAUGAGGUCAUGCCAGACAUCUGGCCGAUCCCUCAUGAAGGUGAGGACCCGUACUCCAUGGAGGGUAUUCCUGAGAACCUUGACUACGAGCUGCAGAUGAAGGAUGGCAUAGUUCAUGUUUACGACAAUGCUGAGGCCCUGAAACAACAGCAGCCUCACAGCCUCCCUUACCCCGACCUGGAGACCUUUGCUAUAGACCUGAGCCACGUCCUCGCAAUGAUAGCCGACGGCCCAACGAAAACGUACUGUCACAGACGGCUGAACUUCCUGGCCUCUAAAUUCUAUCUACACGAAAUGAUGAAUGAAAUGGCAGAGCUAAAAGAGCUGAAAUGUGUCGCACAUAGAGACUUCUACAACGUCAGAAAGGUGGACACACACAUACACGCUGCUGCUUGCAUGAACCAGAAGCAUCUGUUGAAAUUUAUAAAGACCACAUACCAGACGGAGACAGAUCGCGUGGUCUUGGAGAGGGGCGGUCAGAAGAUCACACACAAGGAAGUCUUCAACAAACUCAACAUGGACCCGUACGACCUCACCGUGGACUCUCUGGACGUACACGCUGGAAGGCAAACAUUUCAUCGGUUUGACAAGUUCAACUCCAAAUACAACCCCGUGGGCGCCAGCGAACUGCGAGAGAUCUACUUGAAAUCGGACAACCACAUUAAAGGAGAAUACUUUGCACGACUCAUCAAGGAAGUGUCCACAGACCUGGAAGAGAGCAAGUACCAGCAUGCUGAGCCCCGCCUGUCCAUCUACGGCCGCUCAGCCAGCGAGUGGGAGGGCCUGGCCACCUGGUUCAUCCAGCACAAGCUGCACUCCCCUAACAUGAGGUGGAUGAUUCAAGUCCCCAGGAUUUAUGACAUUUUCAAGUCAAAGAAAUUAUUACCGAACUUUGCAAAGAUGCUGGAGAACGUUUUCCUCCCACUGUUUGAAGCUACAGUGAACCCGCAAAAGCACAAGGCGAUACACGUAUUCCUCAAAUACGUGACAGGAUUCGACAGUGUGGAUGACGAAUCAAAACACAGCGACCACAUGUUCUCUUACAAAAGCCCAAAACCUGAGGCAUGGACGACAGAUGAUAACCCUCCGUACACCUACUACCUGUUCUACAUGUACGCCAACAUCAUGGUGCUCAACAACCUGCGCAAGGAGCGAGGACUGAACACCUUCCAGUUUCGUCCCCACUGUGGCGAGGCCGGCUCCAUCACCCACCUGGUGUCCGCCUUCCUGACGGCUGACAACAUCUCCCAUGGACUCAACCUCAAGAUGAGUCCAGUGUUGCAGUACCUGUACUACCUGGCCCAGGUCCCGAUCGCCAUGUCCCCCCUGAGCAACAACAGCCUGUUCCUGGAGUACUCCAAGAACCCUCUGCGGGAGUUCCUACAGAAGGGCCUGUGUGUGUCGCUGUCCACCGACGACCCCAUGCAGUUCCACUACACCAAGGAGGCCUUGAUGGAGGAGUAUGCCAUUGCAGCCCAGCUGUGGAAGCUGAGCACCUGCGAUCUGUGUGAGAUAGCCAGAAACAGUGUGCUGCAGAGCGGACUCUCACAUCAGGAGAAGAAACACUUCAUCGGUUCCAACUACCUGGAGGAUGGACCGAAGGGAAACGACAUUCGGCGGACGAAUGUGGCACAAAUCCGCAUGGCCUACCGCAACGAGACACUGUGCAACGAGCUCAGUUUCCUAGUGGACGCAGUGAAGACUGAAGAAAUGAGCAGCACCAUACCCGAGUGAUUUACCUCGCCAGCACAAACUGUGCAUGAACAUGUCCUUAAUGAUGAAGAGACAAAAGUUAGACAGCACAUUGAUUUAUAUUAUUCUUAAUAAACUUUCUGACCCAGUUUUUAUUUUAUGUUGACCCUGGUGCAUGAAUUUAGAUUAGAUAAUUAAUGUGAUUUUAUAUAAAUGUCAUAUCCAGACCACAUCCAAUGCUUUAUCUAUGGGAUUGCCAGUCACUGUGUGCCUCAUUUUAGAGGCAAAGAGGGUUUUUUUAAAUAAUGAAGUCCACAAGUGAGACCAUUCAAUUAGGAGCUUAAAAAUAAUUAUAAUUAAAAAGUUGGCAAUACUUGAUGAACUGUAUGUCACUUACGCCUUCCUUAAAUUGAAUUUAGAGAAAUAAAGUAACGUGUGCUUACUUAAGGCUACAGUAUGCAUUUUCAGGUAACUCUUCAAAAGACAGAUGCAAAGUUUAAGGAUUAAAAUAAGUUUUGUAUAAGGUUUUUGGGGGGAUCCCAAACCCGUUUUACUCACGACUGCGAAAAGAAACAACUAUGACAAUUAUUUUCAUUUUUUAUGUUUGUCAUUUCUCAUUUUUCAUAUGUAAAUAAAGGCUAGAGAACAGUCAA